UCGCGUGAUUUUAGCGGGAAUUGUAGUUUCGCGGCAGGCAUGUACGGUGCAUGCAGCUGAAACUACUCUCCUCUUCUAAUUGCUUUUACGGUGCACGUUGCAUUACUUGUCACCGCGCAACCACGACUUUUUCUUUCACCUUACUACUCUUUCUCAAAGAAAAUAAAAUUAAUUGAACGAAUCUUUUGUGCGAGUGAAUUUUUCGCAGUGCUAAUUGUUCAUCACCGAUUGAUAGGACCCAGGAGGAACACUAAGGGAAUAUUUAAUGAAUUCGUCGGUGAAACAUACAGGUGAAGACGUUAAGUCUGAGGAAUCUGGUCCUGCAGAUUUCGAACGAGCAAUCAUAAGUUCUGGUUAUGGAAAGUUCAACUACUUAUUGCUGUUGGCCGUGUUGCCUGCCAGUUUCUCCAGCAUCUUCUCUUCGUCGGCGAUGUCAUACGUGUUGCCGUCUGCAGAAUGCGACCUGGGUCUUACCAUGUUCCACAAGGGUCUCCUCAACUCGAUGACAUUCGCAGGAAUGAUCAGCACCUCGUUUUUCUGGGGAUUCAUGACUGAUACGUUUGGUCGUAGGAAGAUCAUGGUUUAUGGAUACAUGGUCACCGGGGUCAUGAGCCUGGCCACAUGUUUCUCCCAUGCCUCUUGGCUCUUAAUUUUGUUCAAAUUCAUCGAUGGUGUGAUCAUUUCUGGCCCCUAUGCCGCAUUAAUGUCUUAUUUAGCGGAAGUACAUAAUGAGACUCAGCGUUCUCGUAGUUACAUGUGGUUAGGGGUGUUCUUCUCCUUAGGAAAUAUUUCUCUACCUUGUAUCGCAUGGCUAAUCAUUCCACAAAAAUGGACCAUCAAUAUCGGAAGCGGCCCGAUGGAAAUCAAUUCUUGGAGAGUGUUCCUAGCAAUUUGUUCGUUACCAGAAUUUCUAGCCUGUGUUGCCCUAUUUGCGUUCCCCGAAAGCCCUCGUUUCCUUUUAUUGAAAGGUAGAAGAGAAGAGGCUCUCGAAGUUUUUAAAAAAAUCUACUCAGUUAACACUGGUAAAGAAGCAGAUACAUACCCGAUAAAAGAUCUCGAGGACGAGUAUUCCGUUGUAACGUGUAGUAACACAGUUAAGGAUAAAUUACGAUCGGGUUGGAUGCAAAUCAAACCCUUGUUUGUGUCACCAAAUAUCUGUAAACUUGUUAUAAUAAGUUUGAUACAGUUGGGAGCCACGAUAGGAUCAAACUCCAUUAGACUAUGGAUGCCACAAUUAUUUACUAUGAUGGAACACUUCAAGAACGAUUACGCGAAACAGGAGUACGUAAGCUCUCAACCACGAUUUUGUUACAUGUUAGGACAGGAUGCCAAUCGUAGUUCCUCAAUGAGUUUCGUUAAUGAAACUGCGAAUCUUGCUCACAAAUGCAUACCGGCGGAAUUAAAUUCAACGGUAUUUAUUAAUUCUAUCGUGAUAGCUACAACUGGUGUUGUAGGGUACACAUUAGCAGGCUCCUUAAUCACUGUUAUAGGAAAAAAGAAGUUGAUAGCAACCUGUUUCAUGGUAGCGGCAGCUUGUUGCGCAUCUCUGUACUGGGCAGAUAAUAGUAACAGUAUUCUCGGUUUAUCCUCAGUUUUCGUGGCUAUGGCAAGCAUAGGUGGUGCCUGUGUCGUAAAUGUUAUCGUCGAUAAUUUUCCCACUUGUUUAAGAACUAUGGCAGUUAGUUUAACUAUGAUGGUCGGCAGAAUUGGAGCAGUCGUAGGAAACUUGUUGUUUCCACUUUUAUUUGAUUUAUCCUGCUUGGGUCCCUUCAUUAUGAUCGGUUCUGCUUCUUUAGUAUCGGCUGUAUUGGUUGUUUUUCUUCCCCGGAAACAUUCGGAAAAGGACAAAUCGAAGCAAAUCGCCUAAAGAUCAUUGUAGUAUUGGAUAAAACAUAUUUAACCAGUUAGUGAUAGCUGAAAGAUUCGCUUGUAAAUAUACCUUAUCUCUGGUCUUUCGUCGACUGUGUGUAAUUUCGAUGCAUGAUUUCUUUUAUCAUGUAAAUAUGUAAAUAUAAUACAGUUAUACUCGUCUAGCAUAAGAUCCCCUCACCGCUUUUAUAUGUUUGCGUGAAAAUUAAGUUCGGUCUGCAGAACGAGUGUGUAUCAUAAGUGAGAUUUUUACUAAAUCUCGUAACUGAACGGCGUGAAAUAAUUAUUAUAGAACAAUCCUUCAUCGUAUUUUAAUCGUUUUCUCAGCUAGUGAAUCGUUAGGUAGCAUAUUAAUUGAAUCGCGACAUGGUAAAACGAUGUAACAUAGAAGAACAUCAUUGUUAUAUAAUAAACCUAUUUUAUUAUUGUUUUAA